AUGAGGUCUCUCACAAGCACAGUAUGCGGCGCGUAUGCUGCCAUAGCCUCUGGCUCUCGCACACGCGCUCUUCACACGGCUCGACCCUGCCUGGCCCAAGUAUCUCCGCCCCUCCCCUUUUCCUGGUCUCACCUGAAAUCCGACGACCAGACUCGAAGCAGCGAUCAAGCUCAGCACGCUGCUGCAACCUCGGCCAUCGUUCAGGAUCAUCGCGCUUCGGUUCAGCAGAAGCGCGACCGAAAACUCCGCGAGUACGAAGCAAAGAUCAAAGUCAAAGCCAUGCAACAAGGCCUCUCGCCCGAAGAGUUCAAGCGUCGAUCCAUCGAGUCUGCUGCGGCGAAACCCAGCCAGCCUGUCACGUCCACACCAAAUUCAGCUGCCCCACCAAAUGCGUCAGUCAAGUCGACUCUGUCCGAAGUGGAGAAGCGAGACCAGGCGAUAGCACAAUCCCUACAGCAACGAUCCAAGGCCGAAGCCGCAAAGAAAUUGGCGUCCGGCCAGGUCCAUUCCACCCCUACAGGCGCGCAGGAGGGUCCUAUCAAACCACUCAGCAAGAUCCUCGACGUGGAAAAGCUGCAGACGCAGGAUCAAGAGACCAUCACCAAGCUCUGGGCUGGAUACCACUCCAUCAAGAACAAGCUCUCCGCCGUCAUCCCCACCGAAAAGUACCUCGAGAUGCUGGCUAACGCACGCAAGUAUCCUCAGUUCGUCCUACCGCUGCCCCGUCAGGUGAUCGACGAGGAAUCCGAUGCCGCAGGAGCAUCCAAGGAAGCUUUCGAAAUGCAGUUCCUCGAGUGGGCCGUGGUGCCCAACCCAGCUGCCCAAGGUGCUCCUCCUUCGGCCACCACCAUUUUCACUCCUCUGGCCGAGUACAAGCUCAAGCAGGACUUCAGCCAACCCGUGCUGAUCCUCACCUUCUACACCGACCUGUCUCACAGCAACGGCAUCGUGCUCAUGAGGGGCGAGGUGACGGGACUCAACGAAAAGACGGGCAAGGGCGGCCGCAUCGAUCAGGCACAGGCACAGCUGCUGGCUCUCACCCUUCAGCGCUUCUACCUUCCCUCAUCGGCAGCAGCCACAGAUGCCAAAGAGGACGCAUCAGCCUGCGCUCAACUCUUGCACGACUUUCACAAACGCCCAGAACACUUUGAUGUGGAGCAGCUCGUCAACGUCGCUUUCCGUCUUUGA